UAAGUGACAUAAAUGGAUUUUGCGGAUUAAGCCGCACACCCCUAAUCUACGAAGUGGGAAAGUCUAAAUUUCGCGUGCAUUUAGUUCCAUCAGCGUUCUCAAACUGAAAGUAGACGCGAACGUGAAAUGAUGGCGGAAAGGGUUCACUUAUGUGCCCUUUUCGCUUUUAUAUGGAUUUAUAUUUUCACGGAGUGCAGUGGACAGGUUUUGACGCCCCCUACAUUUAAUUUGGCGAAGGGACGCAAGAUUCAAGCUACAGCAACAUGUGGCUACGGAGUGUCUAAGCCGGAACUUUACUGCAAAAUGACCGGUAGUAUUGAAACAGAGAAGGACGACGAUUCUGGCACUGUCAUUCAGGGCCAGAUAUGCGACUACUGCGACCCUAACCGCCCAAGGCAGAACCACUCAGCUGACAAGGCCAUUGACGGAACGGAGCACUGGUGGCAGUCACCUCCCUUGUCCCGCGGUGACAUGUUCAACCAGGUCAACCUCACCAUUGACCUUGAACAGGAGUUCCACAUCGCGUACAUCAUUAUCAAGAUGGCCAACUCCCCACGCCCUGGUGUAUGGGCCCUUGAGAAAUCGUCAGAUAACGGGCUAACCUGGGAACCAUGGCAGUACUUCGCCGAUACACCAGCUGACUGUAUGCGCUUCUUUAGCACAGAGGUUCGCACAUACCCCACCCGCGAUAACGAAGUACUCUGUGUGACAGAAUUCUCAAGGAUUGUGCCGCUGGAAUAUGGAGAGAUAUUUGUUUCACUGACCAACGGCCGACCAAACUCUCAGAACUUCUCGUAUGCUGACGACCUGAAGACAUUCAUUAAGGCCACAAAUGUUCGACUACGUCUGAUUCGCACGAGGACACUUAGCGGUCACCUGAUGGCCGUUGCAAACCAGGAUCCCACGGUCACUAGGCGGUACUACUACAGCAUCAAGGACAUCUCCCUCGGCGGUCGCUGCGUCUGCAAUGGGCAUGCUGACACUUGCAACUAUCUUGACCCAAACAUGCCGGAUAAGCUGAUCUGCGAUUGCCAGCACAACACAGUGGGAGAACAGUGCCAGAUGUGCGACGCGGCAAACGGGUUUGUGCAGAAGAAAUGGCAGCCUGCUAGAACUUUCCCUGCAUUUGAAUGCGAACCUUGUGAGUGUUACGGUCGAGCAACGGGCUGUGUUUACGACCCAGAAGUGGACCUGAAAGGUCUCAGCAUAGACAUACAUGGCUUCUACAAGGGCGGAGGUGUCUGUCAAAACUGCGGCUACAAUACCACGGGAAUCAACUGUGAGAAAUGCCUGGACGGGUUCUACCGCCCGUAUGGAGUGCCGCGCUCCAGAUUGGCAAUGUGCAUGGAGUGUCAGUGUAACCCGAGGUUUCACAUCAACAAGUGCGAGGAGGAGACAGGCCGCUGUCUGUGCCGGGAGGAGUAUACGGGAUAUGACUGUGAUAGUUGUGCCAUUGGUUACUAUGGAUACCCCAACUGUAUACCAUGUGACUGUGAUGUCAACGGAACGGAAGGUAACAUCUGUCAUGUCAAUGGGGGCCAGUGUCCUUGCAAAGAGAACUAUGUUGGGGCCAAGUGUGACAUGUGCCAGCUCGGCUUUUACAACUUCCCAGAAUGUAGAGCCUGUGAAUGUGGUGUGAUUGGCUCAGAUGACGACUACUGUGAUGUGGAGGAUGGCCAGUGCAAGUGCAGGAUGAACUACGCGAGUAGAAACUGCAGUGAAUGCUCACACGGAUACUUUAACUACCCAGACUGCACUUUGUGCAACUGUGACCACACAGGAGCAGUAGAGGAAGUGUGUGACAAGUCUACCGGGAGCUGCCUCUGCAAGGAGACGUUCAACGGGGCCCAGUGUGACCAGUGUGCCCGUGGGUUCUAUUCAUACCCGGACUGCAUGCCCUGCCAGUGUCGUGAGCCUGGAUCAACCAGCAAUAUCUGCGAGGACAGAAACGGGCAAUGCUCCUGCAGGACAAACUAUGCAGGCCAGAACUGUGACCGGUGCGCUCCAGGAUUCUAUAGAUACCCUGACUGCAUCCCCUGUGAGUGUGACCAGUAUGGUUCCCGUGGAGCUUCCUGUGACCAGGAGACCGGACAGUGUGACUGCUUCAGCAACUUUGCUGGAAUCAUGUGUGAAAAGUGUCGGGAAGGGCUCUACAACUACCCCAACUGUGAAAAGUGCAACUGUAACCCUAACGGUGCAAAGGAAGUUCCAGGGUACCCACUGGGCGGGUGUGGCGAGGUUGUGAUAGGUCGACUCUGCGAGUGUAAAGAACGUGUAAUGGGACGAAUCUGCGACACUUGCAAACCGGGCUUCUGGAAUCUGAAUAGGAAUAAUCCUUUUGGUUGUGAAGAGUGUGGCUGCUCACCACGUGGAACGUUAGCAGGCGUGAAUAUCUGCGACACAAACAGCGGCCAGUGUAUGUGCAAGGUCUCUGUGACAGGGCGCGUGUGUGACCGCUGCAAGGAGGGGUACCAUAGGCUCACCGGAGAAAACGUCUUCGGAUGUGUGGAAUGCAACUGUGACAUUGGUGGCUCUGUAUCGCCAGUAUGUAACCAAGACUCUGGCCAGUGUCCCUGCAAGCCACGUGUGCAAGGAAAGCGGUGUGACCAGCCUAUUGGGCGUCACUUUAUCCCAACCCUGGACCAGUUCAAAUACGAGAUAGAGGAUGGCUACACACCAGAGGGUAACCACAUCCGGUACGGGUACGAUGAACGCCUGUUCCCGAACUUCUCCUGGCGGGGUUAUGCUGUCUUGUCCAGAGUUCAGCCCGAAGUACGAGUGAACAUUGAAAUCAACAAACCCAGUCUGUACAGGCUGCUGUUCCGCUAUGUCAAUCUGAAUGAGAAAUCGGUCAACGCCAACAUCACAUUCACACCGCUGUCAAUGCUUGACAUACAACAAGGCUCACAGAUUGCAUUUGGUCCAACCAGGAACCCAGCUUUCACUGAUGGUGGUAACCUUGGCGGCCAGAUGAGCUUUGUCCUCAAUCCCGGUCAGUGGACAGUGGCAAUCAAGGCAGACGAGAGUGUCUUCUUGGACUACAUGAUCCUCAUCCCUCAGGCCUACUAUGAGGCUACCAUUCUGCAGAACAUUGUCUAUCGGCCAUGUCUAGUACCAGACGAUGAAGGGCCCUGCUACCACUAUGCGUACCCGGAUGUGCUGGAUUUCCCAAGGGUUCUAGGGGAGGAGGGCUUCAUUCUGGACGGAGACAAACGGUCACCGGUCAAGCUGUUCCCAGAUCAGGAUGUGCUUGGAGAGCUUGAUGUGAAGUCCAUGGCUGUGCUGGAUUCCAAUCAGAAAUCCUUUGACUUAGAGUUGUACAUCCCCAAGAAGGAUCGCUAUGUUUUGAUACUGAAUUACCACUCGAAGGCCAACGGGACCCAGUACAUUCUGUUUAACAUCACCACCACUGGGGACCAGGCCACAGCCUUGCUGUACAACUGUCAAUACAGUUCACUAUGCCGUCAAGUGCUCCUGAGUUUGGACGAGAUGGAAGGGGUUUAUGACUUUGAUGUGGGCACAGUAAAAAUUUCUGUCACCGCCAGCGAUGAUGUCAAUGCUGCAAUUGAGUCCAUUGUUGCGAUACCAUAUUCCAUAUGGUCCGUUGGAUACAUCCGACCAAGCAUUGUGUGCAUUCGAAUUAACGGAGUGUGUGUGUCAUCUCGUUACGCGUUGCCAGUGGGCUCAGUGCGUGUGGACUUUGAAGAUCUGCCUAAUGACCAUCUCAUAGCAACUGAAUACCCACCGGGCAUUGAGGAUACAGAUAUUGGGCUGAUAAAGCUGAAUGAAAGCCAGAACCUGAUUGUGUUGCUGGGGACUGCCAGAAACAGCGGCCCCAACAAGUUUGUGGUCCACUACUACCUGCCCUAUGAGGAUGGCAAGGUGAUCCCAAUCACUAUGUUUGCCAAUGGACAGGAGUACAGAGGAAGUUUCCGUCCACGAUUCUGCCCAAGCCGGCACGGUUGUCGGGACCUGUUGUUCUUUGAUGAGACUGGACAGACAGGCGUGCUUAAUCUUCAAGAGACAGAUGUUAAGAUUGUCUUCAACAACACCAGCGGUCAGCAGAUAUGGCUUGACUACUUGUUGAUCAUCCCCUCUGGCCAGUACAGUCCUACAGAUGUUAUGGUGCUGCCUGUGGAUAAUUCCAGAAACUUCAUCGAAACCUGCCUCGAUGAUGGAUAUAAAAUCAGGACACCAAUUUCUGACUUCUGUGAGAAGAGCCUGUUUUCCCUGACUACGGAGUUCAACAAUGGAGCGAUGGAGUGUGACUGCAAUAUUGAUGGGUCACUCAGCUUCAACUGUAACCCCAAUGGUGGUCAAUGUCAGUGCAGGCCAAAUGUGAUUGGUCGCACUUGCUCGGCAUGCCGUGUCGGUUUCUAUGGGUUCCCAAGGUGUCAACCAUGUAACUGCCCAUUUGGCCUGUGUGAGCAGCUGACCGGCCAGUGUAUCUGCCCACCUCGUGUCACUGGGGACCGAUGUGACGUCUGUGAAGCUGGCUCAUACGGAUAUGACGCGCUGAUUGGUUGCCAGGAGUGUAAAUGCAGUCCACAAGGAGUCAUUGAUGGUGACAGGAACUGUGAGGAAACAACUGGCCAGUGCAGGUGUUUGCCAGGUAUUGGAGGCAGGAAGUGUGACUAUUGCUUGGCAGGGUUUUACAGCUAUCCCUUGUGUAGGGAGUGUGACUGCGAUCGCUAUGGAACUGUGGGAGACAUAUGUAACCCUGACUAUGGAACCUGCAUCUGCAAGGAAAAUGUAGUGGGUGACCGCUGUGACCAGUGCGCGAUAAACACCUUCAAUCUGGAGCCCACCAAUCCUGAGGGCUGUACUUCCUGUUUCUGCUUUGGCAACACAGCCAACUGCAGGGAGUCCGACCUGCGCUGGAGCAGUGUAAUUGACAUGAGUGGUUGGAAUAUCACCAACACGGUUGAUGGACAACUGCGUGAGGCGCGCACCACCAUAGCCGUUCUAGACGCACUCAACAAGAUAUCCAACACUAGCACCUCCAUGUACUGGAAAGCACCAAAGCCCUAUCUGGGAAAUAAGGUGAAAAGUUAUGGAGGUUUCCUCCACUACAAGAUCAUCUUUAUCCUUCCACGUAACGACAGCAUCUUGACUGAGUCUCUGAUAGAACCAGACCUCAUCCUGGUCGGUAACCAUGGAGACAGGGUGGAGCACAUGUCCCUCGUCCAGCCGUACGACAGCUCCAGCACACCAAUGGAAGUGCAGCUGUAUGAGUACAACUUCAAGCAUGCAGACGGUCGCUCAGUGGACCGUGAAGCCUUCAUGAUGAUCCUGAAGAACCUGGAAGCCCUCCACAUUCGUGCCUCCUAUUACUCCCUGGUGCAGGAAGUCAGGUUGAUGGAAGUGGAGCUGGAUGUCGCAACAGAGAACGGUACAGGCGAGAUCGCAGUGUCUGUGGAACAGUGCACCUGUCCGCGUGGUUAUCGAGGCACAUCAUGUGAGGAUUGCGCCAUGGGUUACUACAGGGCUCGUACCUACCCGUUCCUUGGGACAUGUGUGCCCUGUGACUGUAAUGGACACGCCACAGAGUGUGAUCUUCAUACCGGCCAGUGUAUUGAUUGCAAGGACAACACCCAAGGUGCCCACUGUGAGCAGUGCCUGCCUGGCUACAUUGGUGACCCCUCCAGAGGCGGAUGUACCAUCUGCGGCUGUCCCCUUAACGUAGACUCUAACAAUUUUGCAGACACUUGCUUCAACAGACCUCAGGGGUCAGGGUUCUUACGACAAUGCAACUGCCAUGAGGGUUACACUGGGACCAGAUGCGAGAGAUGUGCGCCAGGUUACUUUGGUGACCCGAUGACGGUCGGUGAGAUGUGUCGUCCAUGUCAAUGCAGUGGGAACAUCAAUACACUUGAUCCGUAUGCUUGCGAUUUCCAAACAGGAGAGUGUCUCCUUUGUGAGAACAACACAGCGGGUGAGCAGUGUGAGCGAUGUGUCGACUGGUGGUAUGGAGAUGCUGUCACGGCCAAGGAUUGCUCCCCAUGCCAGUGCGACCAGUGUGGGUCGCUAACCUGCAGCACCCAGCGAGGGGAAUGCACCUGCAAACCCAACGUCAUCGGCAUCAACUGCGACGCGUGUGCGCCUGACACCUAUGGUUUCCAUCACUGUGAAGGCUGCAUCCCAUGUGAGUGCGGUUUAGCCUCUAUCUCGAGUCAGUGCAACCAUUACAACGGCACCUGCAUGUGCCAGGCGGGCGUGACUGGAAACAAGUGCCAGUCUUGCAUCAAUGGGUAUUGGAACUACAACCGGUUUGGAUGUGAAAAGUGUGACUGCGAGUUUGAUGGGGCAGUGACUUGUGACCCGUUGGACGGACGGUGCCAGUGUCUACCGGGAGUGACAGGGCCCAAGUGUGAUGUGUGCCUAGAUCGAUGGGUGCUGAUCCCACAGCAGGGGUGUCAAGAAUGUGACACCUGCAUUGAUAACCUUCUGGAUGACCUUGACACUCUGGAUAUCGGCAUUGAUGAAAUCAAAGAUGGCCUCCAGACCGUGUCUAUAGGCAUUGCUGCAAUGAAACGCCUUGAAGUGGCCAAUCAGACUGUGCAGAUGAUACAGCCCCAACUGAUUGCUGUUCUGGAUCAGUCUGAAAACAUCACCCUGGACACUGCAGAGGCCACUCUGAAGCAACUGGAAAUGUUUGUGAACCAGAUCUCAAAAAGGUCCAAGGGAGGCAUGUCAGAUGCUGAGGAUGUAGUGAUGGAGGCACAAAAGCUCAAUGACAACAGUGACCAGGCCACAGUAGUAGCAGCUUCAAGUCAAAUGAAGGCAGAAGAGGCCAUUAUGUACAUCAAUGGUGUUCUGAGACAGAUCAAUGAAGGGAUCAAGGUGACCAACAUUGAAACGUACAUCACCAUGUCAGAGAAGAUAAUUGCUGACAUGCGGGCGCGCAACCUUAGUACUCAGGAAGAGCGCAUUAAGAGUGACAUUAAAGAAGCUGAAAUGUUGCUAGAGAGGGUGAAGUUGCUGAUGAAUGCACCGAAGAGGCAGCUUGGUAACAUUAAUGAGACAGACAAGGGCAUUGAUGACGUCAACCGAAGACUCCUUGACCUUCAGGAAAGCAGCCAGCUAUCUGAGCGUACUACCGCAAAAGCUGACAAUCUCAUCAGUAGCCUGCGCGGUGUGGUCAUGCCAAACAUUGACGUGUACAUUGAGGAUAUAAAGAUGGGGGAAGAUAUCACUAUGGAAACGCUGGACCAAUCACAGGAUCUACUCAACAAAUCUGCAGACAGCAUCGCUGUGGCUAAAGCAGAGUUUGAGACUCUUGACCGCACAUCAUCCAUGCUUCUUCAAGCUAAGGCUGCAAUGGUCCAGUUCAAUUUAGUCUUCGAGAACUUGACAGAGGCAGAGGCCUACCUAAACAAAGCAAAGGAACACGCUAACAUGCUGGAGGAGCAAGCAUCCAUAUUAGAGAGUGUUUACACGGACACGAGGGUGAUUGCCCAGAAUGCAGUGGACGCCGGGAGGGCUUACGAGAACAUCGUGAAAGCCAUUGAGAAUGCUCGGGAUGCUGCACGCGUUGCUUUCCAGGACGCAGACUCGGCAGCCAUUAAGUCCAUAGGUGUCGGAGAGUCAUCACAGAACUACACGCAAUCAAGUGAAGAGCUGCUAAUAGAGGCCAAACUGAAGUUUAAUAACACUCAAGAUGAACUCUUGAAGAGGCUGGAUGAAGCCAAGGCGGGUACAAUGUUAGUGGAAGGCAUGAACAAGGAUGUGAGGAAUGCAGGGAACCAGAUCAAGCAGAAAGUAAUAGCAGUGCCAGUCGGCAAGACUGGGGUUAAAGCUGAAGAGGUAAGGGCAAGGGGUGAAAUGGCCGGCCAAAAGGCAGACAACUCCAGGAACAAGGUCAAGGCCAUUCUCGAUGAUAUUUCAAAGCAGGUUCAGAAGACGGUUCCUCUCACGAAUGACAUGCUGAACACCAGACGUGACAUCAAUAAUGUCAAGGUUCAGGUGAACAACGUUCAGAAGUUCAGUCCGGACAUGUUAUCCCUGAUGGACAGCCUUGCCAACAAGUCAGAGAAGGUACAGGCGCUGGGGAAGCAGGUGAAGAUGAACAUUGACGAGCUGAGGAAGAAAAUAGCCAUCGCUCGCGACCAGGCUAAUUUGAUUCGUGUGGGUCUCAAUUUCCUUGGCAACACAACGGUUCAGCUGCGUACACCGCGCAAUGUUGACCAAGCAGGAUCGUACAGUGAGGUGUCACUGUUCUUUAAGACUCAGAGUGAGAAUGGCCUUCUCCUGUAUGUGGGCAGCGAGAUGUCAGGCAGCAACAAACCAAACCAGGACUACAUGUCAUUGGAGAUCGAGAAUGGUCAGGCAGUGUUGAAGUAUGACCUGAACUCUGGCCUGGUCAAGGUGAACCAUCAGCACUAUGUUGCCGAUGGGAAGUGGUACAAGGUCAUAGCCAAACGUAUUGGCAAGGCCGGUAUCCUCACCAUUGAGCAAGAUGCCCAGCUAGGGACACUUGGCACGGUGACCGGCAUGUCCAAAGGGACCAACACCGUGAUGGAUCUUCAUCCUUUGACCACAAAGUUCUACGCAGGCGGUCUGCCAGUAGAUGCCAACAUGAUAUCCGAUGAGGUUACACGCAACCAAUUUGUUGGUGCUAUUGAGGACAUAACGUUUGAUGACACACCAAUGGGUCUGUGGAACUUCAAAGAGGGAGAGAACAACUACAAGGGUGCUAGAGAAAGGGACAUUUUGACACAGCUUGUUUCCAAUGGUUUCCGCUUUGAUGGAAGUGGUUACGUCGUUCUGAGUACCUCUCAGACGGGCUGGAAACCGGCUGUUAAAGUUCAGAUUACAAUGAAAUUCAAGACUUACGCACCAAACGGCCUACUGUUCUUCGCUAGCAAGAACCGAGACUUCAUAUCGGUUGAGUUACGCGAUGGGCUGGUACUAUACCAGUACGACCUUGGUGGGGGUCGUGUCCAGAUAACAUACGGAUUUAAGGAGGUCAACGACGGAAACUGGCAUUACGUGCAGGUCAACAGGGUCAACAAGACAGGAAUGCUCUUCGUUGAUUCUGAAGGGGAAGUCAAUGAUGACAUCUCUAUUGGAGGCUACCCUGGAGUUAUCCUCCCAGUCAGUGAUGUGACCAAGCUAGGGUUUGACGGCUGCAUUGAAGACGUGUCCAUACAGCUCAAUACCUGGGACCUGAAUGAAAACAAGGAGGCCAAGGGUGUAAUACCCGGCUGUCCGGACCAGAUUUCAAGAAUAGCCACCUAUGAUGUCAAGAAACUCUCUUAUAUUGCCAACCCAAUAGACAGUAUUGGCAGGAACUUUGACAUCACCUUCAAGAUGAAGACAACACAGAACAAGGCUCUUCUGCUGUUUGUUGCCAACAAUGAUCAGUCUGCUGGAUUUUCUGUGUCUCUGGUGGACGGCAAGAUAUCGGUGAUCAGUGACCCUGGGGGAGAGAAACUGAGCCUGAUGAGCCGUGUGAACACUUACAAUGACGGCCGCUGGCACUACAUAUCUGUCAUGAAGAAGGGCACACUAUUGGAGAUCAACAUAGAUGACUAUGAGAUCGUGAGAACAACGGGCCAAGGUCAGAAAGCUACCCUGGCAACCACCACCCCUCUGUACUUUGGAAAUGCAGAUGUGAACAUUCCGGCCAACCUUGCUGAUGCCACAGAGCAGUUUGGGGGAUGUAUUGCAGAUGUCACCAUCAACGGAGAGUUCCUCAACUUUGCAGUGCUGCAGCCCCCAAGGAGGCCCAACAUAGCGCUGGCAGGAUGCCCUAUACCUGACCCCGAGGGGCCAUAUGACAGGGACCCCCUGCCUACCCCUCCCCCGGUGCCUGUUACAACUCCUACAACCCUACCCACGCUGCCUCCUGGCCAAUGUGCACUGGAUCAAGCCAAGCCCCAGGAGCUCCCAGCUGCGAACCAACGUGGAAACUACUUUGGAACAUACGCUGUCAGCCGGCUUGAGUUCGCACAACUGCCAGAAAACAUCAGAAUCAAAUCAGUUUUCAGUCUCGACUUUAGAACCACAGAAGCAGAUGGGGUUAUAUUCUACUUUGCUGACAGUAAACAUGUUGAUCACAUGUCACUGAUAAUGAUAAAUGGAACAAUCCGAUACACCUUUGACUGUGGAACAGGCGUCGGUUUAAUCAGGACAGCUAAAACUUACAAUGAUGGAAAAUGGCAUUCUGUCUCAGCGGGCAGGAACCUCAAAGAAGGAGUGUUGAUUGUUGAUGAGGAGCAGGUGGGAAUCACAGAAUCAGCAGGUCAAGCACGGUCAAUAAACGUGAGGGCGCCAUAUUACUUUGGAGGUGUCAAUGUCACUGACCUAAAUGGCAAAGGAAUCGCAAAUCUUGCGGGCAUGAGCACUAAUUUUGUUGGCUGUAUCGCGAACAUCAAGGUUGGCAAUGAAGACAUUGGGUUGCCUCCCUUCUCUCCAGGCGUGGUUCCCUGCUCUAAUGAAAAGGCCCAAGGCUACAUCACUGAGCCGGGAGCAUACUUCCAUAGCCAGGGUGGAUAUAUACAACAGAUUGACAACUUCAACGUUGGUCGAGACCUUGAGGUAAAGGUGGACAUAAGACCACGCAGUCUGGAUGGCACGAUCUUCGCAGUGCACGGAGACAAGGGGGACUUUGCAGUCCUGCAGAUGGUGGAAGGGGAGAUGUGGUUUAGCGCUGACAACGGAGAUGGUUCCAUUGUUGCCAAGGUGAUCCCAGCCAUGAACAACAAGUUCUGUGAUGGUGCCUGGCACUCAGUCACUGCUACCAAGAUUAAGAAUGUUGUAACUCUGAAAGUGGAUGACCUUGACCCAGUUACAGAGGUCAGCAAAAAAUCAGCCACAUCAACCGAUACCAACAACCCGAUGUAUAUCGGAGGAUUACCAAAAGAUAUUAAGAAGGGUGUCAGAGCCAAUGGAGCCUAUAGGGGGUGUAUCCGCAACCUUCUUGUCAAUGGACAGCGUCAGUACCUGGCCAAUGGAGUCGGGUUUAACGACGUGGCUCUAGAAUCGUGCCCAGCUAUUUGAUUGCUAUCAACUUGACCUUUGAACCAUACCAGAGUGGAUUUAAAUGGCAUGGUUAAUGUGAUUUCGGACUUGUCAUAGUAUUUUUCUGUUCUGAUUAUCUACCUACUGUAUAACAACUUGCAAUAUAAUUGUUGCAUUGUAUUCAUAUUUGCCUAUGCAUAUUAUUUUUGUUCAUAUUAUAGUUUAAUACCAACUUUAAAGCAAAUUGCUGAAUGGAUUAGUGUAAUUUUAGAUCUACAAUAUCACACGCUGGUGAUUUUGCUAGUAAAUCAUUUUGCUAGCAUAAUAAUACAAUAGAUUUUUCAAUCAAUAUUUUAUUUGUAAAGAUCUAUGAAUACUAAUAAAAACCUUUUAAUACUCAAUGCUGUUAUUCUGCAUUUCUUGUCUGGUAUAGUAUUAAUUCUUCAAGAGGUGUAAUUUUUCUUUUCAGCAGCUUUACCCCUAUUUUUGUGCAAAGGCACAAAUAUGUGUUAAAUUUAGAGUUGACUGGAGUCUUUUUUAUAAAUAAUCUUAAUAUUAAUAAAAUAUAAAUUUAAAUCAAUACAUAUUAAAAAUUUCAUAUACAAUUAAAGUGAACAUAAGCUGAACCAAGCAAAACAUUAUUGAUAAGCCAUUGUCAAAUGAAAUCAAUAGCAAAUUUUUGUCAAAGGGAGGGAUAUAUGCAAAAUCUGUCAAUUUGAUCAAUCUGCAUGAUAGAUCAAGAUUUGAUUAAAUUUAUUGAGUGUCUUAGUUUUGUCCUCUUGGGCCAAAUUAGUAUUUGAUUUCAUUUGUGACUAAUUUCAAAAUUAAUUUUGGGAAUGUUAUUCUUUGGAAAAUAUAUGCAUGGCCAAUACAUUAAGGCCAGAAAAAUACAGGCUGAAUGCACAUACAUAUUGUGUCAUCUCAGAUUAGCCUGUGUAGUCCGCACAGGCUAAUUAGUGUUGACAUUUAUCGCUUUUCUUGUAUUUUUUGUUUAAAGGAAGUCUGUUCUUAAAGAAAAUCCAGUUAAGGCAGAAAGUGGUGUCCAUGGUAUGCCUAUGUGGACUACCCCGGCUUAUCUGGGACAACACUAUGCACAUGCAUUGAGCCCCAUUUUCCCACUUAAACCUCAGUUAUAGUCAAUUUUAUAUAUUAUUAUUUUUGUGUUAAAAUAUCCAACAAUUAUAUGUCUUUCUUAGAAAUAACAAUACAAAAAUAACAACGCUGUAUUGGUUUAUUAUUAAAAAAAAGCAAUUAAAACAUUUACAAGUUCGUGAAUAUGUGAUAUUUAAAUGACUCUAAAUUGAACCUUCUGUUAUAUGUGAACAGAACGGAAAGAGUUGUGAAAAUGUCUUGUACUAUCUACCAUUUAAAGUUUUCAUGUGGAUUGUACAACUAUUUAUUUUAGUCAGGUUACAACUGAUAAAUGAGAUUCAUUAAAAGUACCUCGCAUUUUGGAAGUGAAGAUUUACAGUCCAGGUGUUUUCUAGUAAAUUGUUAAUUACAAAUGGAUUUAUUUUAUUGUGAACUGCAAAACAGUGUGAUAGUUAAAACAUUUCUUUAUCUCAUUUUGAUAAAGAAAAUUAGGUCAAAGGGAUCUAGUCAUAAUUAUCUCUUCAAGAUUGAGUGUUAUGUGUGUAUUAUCCUCCCUGUACUCAUUUUAUCUUACAUAAUAUUUUUAUUGGUCAGUUUUAUAAGACAUGACCAAAUUUGGUUGGAAAUUGAUUUUAACCACUUGUGCCUGUUUUUAAGAUUGUAUUAAUGUAAGCAAUUGAUUUGUUACAUUUCAGGAAUAUUGUAACAUGCAAACUAUUCCUUUGGAAUUAAUUACAGCUGUACUUUGCUUUAUUUUCAAAUCCAUUUCUUACUAAUGUCAAGCUUAUUUUUUUUAAAUUCAUUUUUGCAUUUUAAGUAUUGGCAUUUAAGAUUAAUGUACACAUUUUUUAAACAUUUUUAUUUAAAAAAAAUUCUUUAUAAUUAUGUUUUUAUGUGAAAUAUUUUGGCAAAUUUAUUCCAAAAACUUGUUGUAUGAAGCAUAAUUUUUGUAUUCCCAAUCACUCCAGCUACUUUCUUGCAAUCCCUUUUUUUUAAUUUGGUAACCAUAAGAAACAUUUCCUUAAAAGUCAUUUUGGUUUCAAAAUAUAUAAUUAAAGUAAACUGAUUGAAUAAAUUUAAUUACUGUCACAAGAUACAAGAAUUUUAGCCAACUAUUUAAAUGCAAAUGUAUUGUAAAUUACGUGGCAAUAAUGUAACCGUCCAUUACGGUGCUUUUCUGGAAAUGUUUCUUUACCCUGUUUUGUUUUCAUAUUUAUAUACAUUCUGUAUAUUUGAAGUACAAGCAGGAUAGAAAUACAAUUUAAGCAGCAACAAUAAUGUUUGUUUUUAAAUAUGAUGCUGUUGUUUUGUCGUGAAAUUCCAUGUAAAUCAUUCUAUUACAAGUAUUAUACAAAGAUCAUUAAAAGAUAUCAAUUAAAAAUGGAUAGAAUAUUUAAAAUGUCAGGUUAACAUCAAACCAUUUAAAAUGAUGCACAACAUCAAAUUUACUGAAAAAAUCUUGGAGCAUAAUAAAAUAUAACUGAGCAUAAUGAAAAUUGAGCAAAGGAUGACCUUCCAUAAUAUAUUUUAAAGUUGAGCUUAAAAAUGUACAGUGUUGAAAUGGAACGUAAAGAAGCCACUCCUAGAAUUGCUGUCCAUCCAAGUGUGCAAAAUAAUCAUAUUCUAUGAAUGGCAAAUAAUGCUACCUCUUCAGAGUUUGUCAUGGUUAUGAAAUGUUAUUUUCACCAUUAAAUGUUGUUUCAAACACAAUAAUUGUACUUAAUGAACAUUUGUUUUGCUCAAUAUGAUUUAUGCCUUUGUUAUUUUUUGUUUAUUAAUACUGAAUGUAUUUAAAUGUCAAAAUAAAAUUGCAAUUCUC